CCGGGCGGCCUGGCCAUGCAGCGGCGCGGCGCGGGGCUCGGGUGGCCACGGCAGCAGCAGCAGCAGCUCCCCCCGCCGCCCGAGGUCGCCCCCCAAGCCGCAUCUAUGGCCCCCCCGAGCGGCCGCGGUCCCCCGGGCCUCGGCGGUCGCCCUGCCUGCGCGCUGCUCCUGCUCUGCUACCUGGUGAGCGCCGACCCUGCCCAGAAUUUUGUACCGUCUUUGGGUAGGCAGACUUCCUUGACUACGUCAGUGAUACCCAAAGCUGAGCAGAGCACGGCUUACAAAGACUUUAUUUAUUUUACUGUCUUUGAAGGAAAUGUUCGCAACGUCUCCAAAGUCUCAGUUGAGUAUUUAUGCUCUCAGCCAUGUGUUGUCAGUUUGGAAGCGGUUGUUUCAUCUGAGUUCAGAAGUAGCAUUCCCGUGUACAAAAAAAGGUGGAAGAACGAGAAACAUCUUCACACCAGCAGGAUGCAAAUAGUGCAUGUGAAAUUUCCAAGCAUCAUGGUUUACAGAGAUGAUUAUUUCAUCAGAAACUCUAUUUCGGUAUCCGCAGUGAUACUACGCGCCUGGAUUACUCACAAAUAUGGUGGUGGCGACUCGAAUGUUAAAUGGGAGGAAAACUUGCUACAUGCUGUAGCAACAAAUUACACUCUGCUGAAGACAGUCCCUCCUUUCGAACGCCCUUUCAAAGAUCAUCAAGUGUGCCUCGAGUGGAACAUGGAUUAUAUUUGGAACCUUCAGGCAAACAAGAUUCCCCAGUGUCCUCUUGAAAAUGAUAUGGUUACCCUCCUCGGCUUUCCCUAUGCCUCCAGUGGUGAAAACACAGGCAUCGUGAAGAAGUUUGCGAGGUUUCGGAACCGAGAGCUGGAGGCCACCCGACGCCAGCGGAUGGACUACCCAGUGUUUACUGUUUCCUUGUGGCUUUAUUUACUCCAUUAUUGCAAGGCCAGUCUCUGUGGGAUUCUGUACUUUGUUGAUUCCAACGAGAUGUAUGGCACACCUUCUGUGUUUCUUACUGAAGAAGGCCACUUGCAUAUUCAAAUGCACCUUAUCAAAGGAGAAGACUUGGCUGUGAAAACUAAAUUCAUCAUACCUUUGAAGGAGUGGUUUCGGCUAGAUAUCUCUUUUAACGGAGGCCAGAUAGUAGUAACCACCAGCAUUGGGCAGGACUUGAAAAGCUACCAUAAUCAGACCAUUAGCUUCCGGGAGGAUUUCCAUUACAAUGAUACUGCUGGCUACUUCAUUAUUGGAGGGAGCAGGUAUGUGGCUGGCAUCCAAGGGUUUUUUGGCCCUCUGAAGUACUACCGCCUCCGCACUCUGGACCCUGACCAGAUUUUUAAUCCUCUCCUUGAGAAGCAACUUGCCGAACAAAUCAAAUUAUAUUAUGAAAGGUGUGCUGAGAUUCAAGAAAUAGUGUCUGUGUAUGCAUCCAUGGUGCAGCAAGGUGGCGUGAGGCAAGAGGCAUGUGACCCAUGGAACUCCUACUUGGACCUGAAGCGCAGGUACGGGAGCCCCUCAACGUGCAGAGCCUUUCCCUGGGAGAAGGAGCUGAAAGACAAACACCCCAGCUUGUUCCAGGCCUUGAUGGAGAUGGACUUGUUGACUGUGCCAAGAAACUCGAAUGAAUUCAUAUUAGAAAUCGGUGCGAGGAUAUUUGAGAAGGCUAUAAAGAGACUCUCCAGCGUUGAUGGGCUUCACCAAAUUAGCUCUGUCGUCCCCUUUCUGAUGGAUUCCAGCUGCUGUGGAUACCAUAAAGCUUCCUACUACCUCACAGUCUUUUAUGAAACUGGAUUAAAUGUACCCCAGGACCAGCUGCAGGGCAUGUUGUAUAGUUUGAUUGGAGGGCAGGGCAGCGAGAGGCUAUCUUCAAUGAAUCUUGGGUACAAACACUACCAGGGCAUUGACAACUACCACCUGGACUCGGAACUGUCCUAUGCCUACUACAGCAACAUUGCCAUGAAGACGCCCCUGGACCAGCACACGCUACAAGGAGAUCAGGCAUAUGUUGAAACAAUUCGACUGAAAGAUGAUGAAAUACUCAAGGUACAAACCAAGGAAGAUGGAGACGUCUUUAUGUGGUUGAAGCAUGAAGCCACCCGAGGCAAUGCAGCAGCUCAGCAAAGAUUGGCCCAGAUGCUGUUCUGGGGGCAGCAAGGCGUGGCCAAGAACCCUGAGGCAGCAAUCGAGUGGUAUGCCAAGGGCGCGCUGGAGACCGAGGAUCCUGCAUUAAUAUAUGACUAUGCCAUUGUGUUAUUCAAGGGUCAAGGAGUGAAAAAGAACAGACGGCUCGCUUUAGAGCUGAUGAAGAAGGCAGCUUCCAAGGGUUUGCAUCAGGCAGUCAAUGGCCUGGGAUGGUAUUACCACAAAUUCAAGAAAAAUUAUGCGAAAGCAGCAAAAUACUGGUUAAAAGCAGAAGAAAUGGGGAACCCAGAUGCAUCAUACAAUCUUGGAGUCCUGUAUUUAGAUGGCAUUUUCCCAGGCGUCACUGGAAGGAAUCAAACUCUGGCUGGUGAAUAUUUCCAUAAGGCUGCGCAAGGCGGACACAUCGAAGGGACCUUGUGGUGUUCUCUCUACUAUAUCACGGGCAACCUGGAGACAUUCCCUAGAGAUCCUGAGAAAGCUGUUGUAUGGGCAAAGCAUGUAGCUGAGAAAAAUGGCUACCUGGGCCAUGUCAUUCGCAAAGGCCUCAACGCCUACCUGGAAGGCUCAUGGCACGAGGCUUUGCUGUAUUAUGUUUUAGCAGCAGAAACUGGAAUUGAAGUGUCACAGACAAAUUUAGCACACAUCUGUGAGGAGAGGCCGGACCUGGCCAGGAGAUACUUGGCUGUUAAUUGUGUUUGGAGAUACUAUAAUUUCUCUGUUUCUCAAAUCGAUGCUCCUUCAUUUGCGUAUUUGAAAAUGGGAGACCUUUACUACUAUGGCCACCAAAACCAGUCACAAGACCUAGAGUUGUCUGUGCAGAUGUAUGCCCAAGCAGCACUGGACGGAGACUCCCAGGGAUUUUUUAACCUGGCCCUGCUAAUUGAGGAAGGUGCUACAAUCCCACACCAUAUUUUGGAUUUCUUAGAAAUUGACCCAACCAUAUAUUCUAGUAAUUUCUCCAUUCUCCGGGAGCUAUACGAAAGGUGCUGGAGCCACAGUAACGAGGAGUCCUUCAGUCCCUGCUCGCUGGCCUGGCUUUACCUUCACUUGCGGCUUGUCUGGGGCACCCUCCUGCACUCUGCCCUGAUCUACUUUCUGGGGACCUUCCUGCUGUCCGUAUUGAUCGCCUGGACUGUGCAGUAUUUCCAGUCUGUCUCAGAGUCCCUGGGUGAUGCAAAUGCUCAGCUUCUAAACCUAAGAUUGGAGGUUCCAGUCUAAUCAGAAGCCCCUCAGAAGAAAGGCCUGGCAACCUGCUGGGAAGUCAGCCACUGAAAAUCCUCUGGAGCACAAGUGCACUCUGACGCACACGGGGUUCUCAGGGGCCAGAGUUGACUUGAUAGCAACUGGUUACUGAACCAAAUAAAACAAAACCCGUUGCCGUUGAGUCGAUUCCGACGCAUAGCCACCUUACAGGACAGAGUAGAACUGACCGCAUAGAGCUUCCAAAGAGUGGCUGGUGGAUUUGAAAUGCUGACCUUUUGGUUAACAGCAUAAAACCCAGCUCCAUGGCCUCCUCCUGCGUGAAGUCUUCCCAGUUUACUCCAGUCAAGCGAUCACAUGUGGGGAGGAUAAGCAAGCACUGAUUAUGAAUAAAAAUACCCAGCCACAGGUAUUCAGAGAGGGGAGCCAAGGAGGAAUAUACAGCCAGCAUUUAGCCCAGUGCAGUCUCUGCUGAUCACUAUUACUUUUCUCAGCUAAGGUAGUGCCGUAGUUAAGGGAAUGGGCAUCCCAGACAGUUCUAUUUGGGCUUAGUUACUCAUUAGCUGUGUGACUUAACUAAAGUUAUUUAACCUUCCUGAUCCCCAAACUUCUCAUCAAUUGAAUGAGGUUAUAAUAGUAAUUACUCCCCAGGGAUGUCAGGAGGGCUCCGAGAAAAUGCAUAUAAAACACUUACCAUGAUGACUCUUACAGUUAAGUGUUAGCUAUUAUAUUUAUCUGCCAUUCAAAACCCUUUCAAUAAAUGUUAACUAUUGUGUUUAUCUUUAUUUAUAGCUAUUACGUUUAAACUUAGGAAGACCUGGUGGUACAAUGGUUAAGCACUGGACUGCUGACCAAAAGGCUGGUGGUUCGAUCUCACUUAGUGGCUCCCUGAGAGAAAGACCUGGUGAUCUGUUCCUGUAAAGAUUAUAGCCAAGAAACCCCUGCGGGACAGUUCUACUCCGUCACAUGGGGUCACUCUGAGUUGGAAGGGACUCAACAGCACCCAACAACAACAAUUAUGUUUAUCUUUAUUUAGAGCUGUUAUGCUUGGUGGCAUUAGUGGUUCAGUGAUAGAAUUAUCACCUUCUAUGCAGAAGAUCUGGAUUCGAUUCCCAGCCAACGCAAGGGAGCCCUAGUGAUGAAGUGCUAUGGCUGCAAACCAAGAGGUCUGCAGUUUGAAUCCACCAGCCGCUCUUUGGAAACUGUGUGGGGCAGUUCGACUCUGUCUUAAAGGGUUGCUGUGAGUUGGAAUCGAAUCGAUGGCAAUGUUUUUUUUUUAUUAUUUUGGUUUUAAGCUUUUGUUCUAAACUUAUAUUAAGACCAUAAGCUGAGUUAGAGGAAGGCACUUGUCCUGUCACGUAUGAUAUCUCACACUUAGGAGUUCAAAUUCACAAACAUCUCUCAGUGGAAAAGUAUCAUUUUCCAUCAUCCUGGAUGUCUACAAAAGGACGUAAUAACUCAAGAAGACCUUCAGAGACAUUUACAAAUAGAUAAAUUAGGGCUUCACAUACCAUUUAAGAAUCUGCACAGCCGUUAUUUGUGUAGCAGAUAAUGAAAAGCAAAAGGAGUAAGUUUCCCUGAGGACUAGAUGGGUGGAGGGAGUCACUGCUGAGAGAGGCUAGUAUGGAGUCGUUUCCUCUGAUUUACCUGAGGAGGUUAACAAGUAACCAUCAAAAAGCCCCUCCAGGUUGAUGCCCCAUAGUUGGUCAGCUUGUAAAUUUUCCUCAUGCAAAUUCAGUCCGUUCCUAAAUUUGUUGCCAGGUUUAGCACAUUUAUUUUGCAUCUUGUCAGUGUUUUCCAUUUCAAAUUAUCUUUGUCAUUUUUACUCUGUAGAAAUAUUGUUAUGAUUAUUACAAAUGCAAUUCCAUUAAAAAGGAGCUGAAAAUUGUCUUUAUGAUUUUAUGCCAGCUGGUAGCCAUGAAAAUUCAUGGGCGGAUAGAAUGAGUCUAUCAGAACUUGUCUCUUUUUCGUUUCUUCAUGUCUUCAUUGUCCUUCCCUCCACAUUUGUCUCUUCCUGUCCCUCCUGUCCCUUGAUCUGCUUUCCCUUUGUCCUUCUUCCCUAUGUUCUCUUUCCUUUUUCACACAUUUUUUUGUUUGUUUUUAGAAACUCUUUCUCUUGCUUUUUCCCACACAUACUUCUUUUCCUCCUACUAGAGAAGGCUAAUCUGGCUGGGAUCCUAGAAAUAAUUUAAUUCUAUGCCCUUCGUUUUACAGAUUAGGAAAUUGAGGGCAGAGAGGUGACAUGGCCUGCCCCAAAUCACAAAGGAAAGGCCAAGAAGAAAUGCAGGGCAGCAGAAUUUCAAACUUUUUUUUAGAAUCACAGCACCUUAAAGCAAUGGUUAUCAUCUCUCUCAGACCCUUGCCCCUCAUAUAAGAAAUAUUUUGCUGCACAUUUUUUACUUCUCUGAAAUGAAAGUUACAGAUAUUUUGCCUACCUACUCACGUAUGUUUAAAAUCAAUAGAAGACCUUAAUAGCAAUAUGGAAGAGAAGUCAAAAGAAACUAAUUAUAAUAAAAUCAUAUAUAUGUCAAUACGUAAAUUUGAGCCCACUGCGUCUCAACUUUAAUGUACACAUGAACCACCCAGGCGUCUUGUUACAUACAGAUUUGGAUUCUGUAGGUCUGGGGUAGAGUCUGAGGUUCGACAUUUCUAAAAAGUUCCCGGAUGGUGACCACGCUGCUUGCUAUCCCAUAGAUGAUGCUUUGAGUAACGAGAGCUGAGAAGUAAAAAAAAAGAAGGGUCUCCACACAUUUUGAAAUGUGCCCCCACCCACCAGUACUCACUGGUGCCUCCCAGCCCUGCUGGAGCUAAUGUUAAGAGUAAAAUAUGUAGUAAAUUAUUUUCACAUUUUUAAUGUCAUCAACAUUAGUGCAAAUUUGUACAUAAUUUUGAAAUAAGAAGCUUCUGAUUAGGUGAUGGGUGAGGGUGAUUUAAACAAAAAAGGCCCAUUUCUGUCAGAGUGGAUCCUGACCCCAUAUGUGUCAGAGUAGAACUGUGGGCCAGAAUGUUUUCUUGGCUGUAAUCUUAACAGAAGGAGAUCUCCAGCCCUCUCUUCCAUGGUACCACUGGGUAGGUUCGAACCACCAACCUUAUGGUUAGUAGCUAAGUGCAAACUGUGCCACCCAGGGAUGAUAGAAGCACAGAAAAGAUAGGGGAGAAGCAGUUGCAGGGGGACUACUCAGAGGGCGAAGUUUCAAUCACCUGGUGUCUCCCUGAUGAGCCAGUGCACGAGGUCCCAUGACCUGCCCCAAGGGAAGUAUGACGAUAGUGUAGAUGCCUGUAGUAGCCAUGGUGUCGUUAGACAAAGGUAAUAAUGACUCUGGGUGCUGAACGACGGUGUAAAAAGGGGAACUGAUUUAAGAGCCUCCCUUAAGUAGCUUUGUGUGAGGAGUGCUGCUGUAAUUUAGGGAUCUUUGUCAUUUCUUGAUUUGCACAUUUUCCAGUCAGUUGCUUUUAAAAAUUCAUCACUUAUGGUCAAAUUGUUAAAUUGGCCUGUCCAUCCAUUUUGCGUUCAGCUCCCACUGCCUUCAUCUACCUCCUGUGUUUAUGUGCUCUGUGAUAUAUAGUCAACACUCCAUGGCAUUUAAUGCCUCAUUAAAUUGUCCUGUAUUCAGAAGGCUUGCAGAGCUGGCUCCGGAGUCAGACUGCUAAGAUUCUGGCCCUGCUACUAGCUUUGUGACCUUGGGCAAGAGGGAGGCCUGUCUGUGCCUCACUUUCCUCUUCUGUAAAAUAGCAGAAAUAGUAUUACACCUAUAUCAGAUUGUAGCUGAGAGAACCGAAUGAGGUAAUACCAUGUAAGGUGCUUACCCAUUGCUGUCGAAAUGAUUCCAACUCAUAACAAUCCUAUAGAACAGAGUAGAGCCGCCCCACAGGAUUUCCAAGGAGCAACAGAUAGAUUUGAACUGGCAACCUUUUGGUUAGCAGCAGAACCAAAGGGUGAUGUCCUCCCUGGCAUUUUGCAUGCAAUUAAAGCAUGCUGACACCAGUUGGUGCCUGCACUUAAAUAGCUUGGUUUAUGGAACAAGGAGCCCUGGUGGCCCAAUGGGUAAGUGCUGGGCUGGUAACCUGAAGACUGGUGGUUUAAACCCACCAUCUGCACCACGGGAGAAAGAUGUGACAGUCUGCUUCUGUAAAGAUUAUAGCCUUGGAAACCCUAUGGGGCAGUUCGCUGUGAGCUGGAAUCACCUCAACGGCAAUGGGUUUGUUUCUUGUUUUUAUUUUUGAUUUGCACAUAACAAACUGAAUUCUCACAGCCUAACAUGCUAUUCUGGAAACCCUGGUGUUGUAGUGGUUAAGAGCUGUGGCUGCUAACCAAAAGUACAGCUGUUCGAAUCCACCAGGCGCUCCUUGGAAACUCUAUGGGGCAGUUCUACUCUGCCCUAUAGGAUUACUAUGAGUCGGAAUCUACUUGACAGCAACAGGUUUGGUUUUUUUUCUUUUUGGUUUAGCAUGCUAUCCUAUGCCAUUAAACUCUUUUUAAAGCAUAAAACUCUGUUUAAAGCACUUAAACAAAGACGUUGACUAGGCGGUGAGUAAGACUUUCAAGGAAGGUGUACAAAAAAGUAUUGCGUGCCUCUUUUAUUUACUUUAAGUGAACUUGUUUUUUAUUUCCAUCCUGCAUUCCACCAGGCAGCUCAGACAAAUGCCUCCCAGGGUAGUGCAAAGCUCUUUGGGCCUUAGGGAGCACUAUCUUUAGGUGUGGUCAAGUUGAUUCUGACUCAUAACGACCAUAUAUGACAGAGUAAAACUGCCCCAUAGAGUUUUCUAGGCUGUAUUCUUUACAGGAGCAGAUCACCAGGUCUUUUCUCCUGCAGAGUCGAUGGGUGGGUUUGAAUCACCCACCUUUUGGUUAGCACCCGAGUGCUUAACCAUUCUAUAGGGAGCACUAGGGCCUCUCCUAUAGUCACCAGGCUUACUCUGUCCCUCCAAGCACAUCGGUUUUGCAGUAUCUGCGUCCCUUGGGGGCCCAGUCAUCCUUGCCAAAGCUAAGCACCCUUAGCCU